AUGGGCUUCUUGAGCAGGGACCCAUCCCGUCCUCAGCGGACCGAAGAUGAGAAGAAGCUUGUGAGAAAACUUGACACUUUUCUUAUGUUCUAUUGCUGUGCCAGCUACUUUUUCAACACCCUGGAUCGUCAAUCGUUCGCCAACGCUUAUGUCUCGGGUCUCCGUGAGGACUUGGGCCUUGUCGCAAACGAGUACAGUGUUCUGCUGUCCAUGUACACAGCAGGCGGUGUUGUAGCUCAGAUUCCCCACGCUUUGAUUAUCCAAAAAGUCGCUCCCCGGAUCUGGCUUCCCUUGAUGUUGAUCUUGUGGUCGGGCGUCACGAUGUGCCUCGCCGCGUGCAAAAGCUUUGAAGCAUUGUGUGCCGCCCGCUUCUUCCAUGGAUUUCUCGCAGCAAGUGUCUAUGGAGGCAGUAUGUAUGUAUUUGGCUCGUGGUAUAUCCCAUCCGAACUUUCCAAGCGAGCCGCGAUCUUCACUGCAGUCGGACAAGUUGGCAGUCUAUCUUCUGGCUUGAUGAUGACUGCCAUGAACAAGUCUCUCCACGGUACCGCUGGACUUGCAGGAUAUCAGUGGGCUUUCAUCAUAAAUGGCUUGAUGGGCGUCCCAUUUUGUAUCUUUGGGUUUCUUUUCUUCCCCAAUAUUCCCGAAACCACCACAGCUUCUUACUUCACCAAGGAAGAGCUACAAGUCGCUCGCGGCAGACGUGGACCCAGGAAAACAAACAGCCAUAGUAUCCACUGGAGAACCUUGGUUGGCAGAGUUCUCAAGACCCCGUACAUCUAUACUUUUGCGUCCUUGGCUGUCAUCUCAGGCAUGCUCGAGGCGUUUGCUGUCCAAGGCAUGUUGCUGCUCUGGAUGAAAUACAACAAGAGGAGAUUCAGCCAGACUGCCAUCACUACUUACCCUCUUGGCAUUCAAUCGGUCGCGAUUGUGUCUCAGAUCGGUGCUGGUAUAUUCAUCGACAAGACUGGCCAGAGAAUUCCGAUGAUGGUCUUGGCUGCCGCAUUUCAACUGGUCACAGCCACACUUCUCCUGCAUCCUCGUCUUCCUGAUGGCGGAGUCUUUGCCGCACAUUACCUCGGUGGUACCUCAUUUAUCGCGCAUCCCGUCAUGUACGGCUGGGCCAAUUCAAUUCUCCAAAGGACAGGCGAUGAUGCUGCUCGGUCGGUCAUUCUGUACACCAUGCCCAUGAGUGGUCAGCUUCUGUACACUUGGUGGGGCAUUGUCAUGUAUCCUGCCACUGAUGUUCCUUACUGGAAAAAGGGCUCGAUUGCCAUGAUUGUCGUGUGUUUUGUUUAUAUCGCGGUUGGCUAUGGUGUCAAAAAGCUCGAUGACCGAACGAAACCAGUCACUCCAGAUACCAGUGACGACGAGCUUGCCCAGGCGAUUGUGGUAGACCACCUGACAACGAAAGUUGAUUGA